UUGGGAAGUUAGCCGCCAUUUUUGGCGGUUAUUUCAAGUACGGUAUAAUAAGCGUAGUCUGGAUAAAGUGAGCUAUUACACUUAAAAGAAUUAUCUAUCACACUAUUUAUUUCUCCUACAGAAACUGAACUUUUCUAUACCGUUGUAAUUGUUGAUUUAGAAUCUGAUCAACACUGCCCGUUACAUUUACAAUACAUUGAAGGCAACUUGAAAUAUCCAGGUGAGUUGAUGAUAGCUGUGGCGUAUCUAGGCAAUGAAAGAAGCCAAUGAGACUAUAGAGAAUUAUGUUGGACGUAUUGAGGGCCCAAAGACUCGUAAGCCCACAUUUAGUUAUUGCUUUAACUGAAAUAAAUAGUUGGAGGAGUGAGAGAAAGGUUCUCACUAAGCAAAAAAAAAGCAUUUAAAUUUAUUAGCAGCAUGUAAUUAAAUUUUAAUAUUAUUGUAAGCUGGUGUUUUGAGAUGGCAUCCCGGGACUUCAUUCUGGGCGGCAUUUUGACAAAGGAGCCCAUGACCCUUCAUGGACACACACUUCAUAGACUCACAUAAUUUGAUAUAUAAACACAAUAUCGACCGACACAUCAUUGACAGACAUUUCAUCGCCGCCACUUCAUCGGCAAAUACACUUCAUCGAAAAAAAGUACUUGGAAAUUAACAAACAAUAAUUCCACAAAAAAAUUAUUAUUGUACUUGGAUCUGUCACGAACUUUUUUUUUUUUUUGGAAAAAAAAAGGGGGUGGGGGUGAGGGCUUUGGCAAUUUUCGAUUUUGUGGUCUGGAUUCAUAAUUGACAGUCUAAAUUUGUUAAGCAUUACAAAUCUUGUUUUAACAAAGUCACACCUCAAUGUCUUUCCCUUUAAUCAUUAAAAUGGCAGGAUUUAAUAACCGUCUCAGGGAAUAGGUUGAUCUAACAGAUUUCUUGUGAGCACCGUCUCAGGGAAUUGGUUGAUCUAACAGAUUUCUUGUGAGCACUGUCUCAGGGAAUAGGUUGAUCUAACAGAUUUCUUGUGAGCACUGCCUCAGGGAAUUGGUCGAUCUAAAAGAUUUCUUGUGAGCACUGUCCCAGGGAAUAGGUUGAUCUAACAGAUUUGUUCAUUGUGAGAACUGAUGAGUCAAUAGUGCCAGACACUGUGUCAUUUGGCUUCUCGUAUAAUGCAAUGGAAUAAUGAGGUUGAAACAAAGUAGCGCAAACAUCAGUAAACUAAUGUAAAGCUCUAUCGUGUGUCUUGAUCUACGAAAGCAAAUGUAGCGCUCUAUAAUGUGUCUUGAAAUAUGAAGGCGAAGGUAGCUCUCUAUAUUGCGUCUCGAAUGAGAACUACGGCAAUCCUAUUGUCACACUUCUUCGAUACAAUUUCAUGGAUGAGUUUGGAAUGGGGAAAAAGAAAAACGAAACUCAUCUCGUGAACCUAAAAAUAUACAGUCAGACUUUUGACAAGUGUUACAGCCCAAUCCAAUGAGUCAUUGCUGCAUGGGUCAAGAGAUGCGACUCAGUUUAACUUUGUCCGCAUCGGAUCCUCCAGAGAGCUUCAUUUAUAUGGGCACUUUUGUUUUAAAUGUCCUCAUGGUCUUCAUUGUUCAUUUAGACAUUUCUGUUAGACCUUAGAUCAACCAAGUCUAGCAUAAUGUUCAAUAAAGAGGACGUGUAUAGAAAGAAAUAACGACCAACAGCAGCAACUGUUGAUAGAUUCAACGACUAGUCAGUGCACGUCUCAGCACCGGUUAUUUAACUUCUCAGCACCGAACAUAACACUUCUCAGCACCAGAGAUCACACGUCUUAAUCACCAGAUCUUACACUUCUCAAUCACCAGGUAUUACACUUCUCAGCACCAGAUAUUACACUUCUCAGCACCAGAUAUUACACUUCUAAGCACCAGAUAUUACACUUCUCUCAGCACCGAAUAUUACACUUCUCGGAACCGAACAUAACACUUCUCAGCACCAGAGAUCACACGUCUUAAUCACCAGAUAUUAUACUUCUCAAUCACAAGGUAUUACACUUCUCAGCACCAGAUAUUACACUUCUCAGCACCAGAUAUUACACUUCUAAGCACCAGAUAUUACACUUCUCUCAGCACCAGAUAUUACACUUCACAGCACCAAAUAUUACACUUCUCAUCACCUGAUAUUACACUUCUCCGCACCAGAUAUUACACUUCUUAGCUCCAGAUAUUACACUUCUCAGCACCAGAUAUUACAGUUCUCAUCACCUGAUAUCACACUUCUCAGCACCAGAUAUCACACUUCUCAGUGCCUGUUAUACACCAUAACAUACAAUGAUAAUUGUCAGAUUUUCAAUGCCUGCCGAGCCGUAACCCGCAGAAGUCAUAAGACAAAGGAAGUUAGUCUUAGUGUUAUCGGAUCAUACUGAUAAUUCUUCCACAGUUGGUUGUUUGCACAAAUGAAAAAAAAGUCAGAGCAUCAUCUUUGGAAGUCGGAAGUGGGGCCUGCAGUCCUAGUGGGGCCGGCAGUCCUAGUGGGGCCGGCAGUCCUAGUGGGGCCGGCAGUCCUAGUGGGGCCGGCAGUCCUAGUGGGGCCGGCAGUCCUAGUGGGGCCGGCAGUCCUAGUUGGGCCGGCAGUCCUAGUGGGGCCGGCAGUCCUAGUGGGGCCGGCAGUCCUACUUAGCAUUUCUGUAAUGCCAGCGUCAAAUAUAAUAGUUGAUAAUAAUGUUGUACAAGGUAAUAGUAAAUAAAAAUGCGUUAUUGCUAUACGGUAAAUAAUAGUACAUGAUGCAAUUGUACGUUUUUAGUAAUGGUAUAUGAUGUAAGUGUAGUUAAGAGGACGCGAUGUAAUUGUAAGUAGUAGUGUGAUGUCAUUGUAAUUAACAACGAUAUAUGACAUAAGCGCGACAAGAUAAUGCUACCAUGUGAUUCAUUAAAUUAAAAGAUAUUUAAAAAUAAUUAAAGUGCGUUAAUAAGGCAAUAGCUAAGGUUAGUGCCGCCCAGGGCGUGUCUCCAUUUUGCCGCCUCGCUCAACGAAAUAAAAACUGUAUUGGGCCGAAAAAUCUUGCCUAUAAAUAUAAAGAAGAGAAAUGCCGCCCAGGGUGGACCGUAGGGCGAACCGCCUGUUGCAAACCCCCCUCCUAAGCCCCCGGGUCAUUGAGACAAGUAUUAAUGUGCCAUUUUGAAAUUAAAAUACAAAACAAAAAAUAAAUCUUGACGGUUCCUAUCAAUUGUUAAAUCUUCUACUUUUCUAUGCAUUUGAUAUCAGACUACGAUUUCAAAAAAAAAACAAAAAAAAACCAUUUAAUAACAUGAAUUGAAUUGUUCGACUGUUCCAGGUGAGAGCCUUGAAAUGCGUGAAAGGGAAAGCCAAAUAUAUUUGCGUCCCUACCCCACGACUGGGCAUCACAUAUACGCCAUCAUUCUCUUUUCACACAAGGGGAAGCUACACCGAAUACCUCACUUUUCGUAAGGAUUGGCUUUUUACAUUAAAAGCUUUCAUUUACAACACGUUUAUGCAGUGAUGAAGUCAUGUUACAUUUACAACAAAUCAAUGCAGUGAUUAGGACAUGUUAAAUUUACAAAACUAUUAUUGCAGUGAUGAAGUCAUGUUAAAUUUACAACAAAUCAAUGCAGUGAUAAGGACAUGUUAAAUUUACAAAACUAUUAUUGCAGUGAUGAAGUCAUGUUACAUUUACAACAAAUCAAUGCAGUGAUAAGGACAUGUUACAUUUACAAAACUAUUAUUGCAGUGAUGAAGUCAUGUUACAUUUACAACACAUUAAUGCAGUGAUGAGGUCAUGUUACAUUCACAACAAUUUAAUGCAGUUUUGAGGUCAUGUUACAUUUACAUUAAAUCAAAAAAGGUUAUAAGGGGUUACAUUUACGACAAAUCAAUGCAGUGUUUAGGUCAUGUUACAUUUACAACUCAUUAAAGCAUGGAUUAGUUCAGGUUACAUUUACAACAAAUUAAUGCAGCCAUAAAGUUAUGCUACAUUUACAACAAAUCAAUGAAGUGAUGAAGUCAUGUUACAUUUACAACAAAUCAAUGCAGUGAUAAGGACAUGUUACAUUUAUAAUAUAAUAAUUCAUUGAUCAGUUCAUGUUACAUUUACAACAAAUCAAUGCAGUGAUAAGGACAUGUUACAUUUAUAAUAUAAUAAUUCAUUGAUCAGUUCAUGUUACAUUUACUACACAUUAAUGCAAAGAUGAGGUCAUGUUACAUUUACAAAACUAUUAGUGCAGUGAUUAGGUCAUGUUAGGUCAUGAUUAGGUCAUGUUACAUUUACAACAAAUAAAUGAAGUGAUGAAGUCAUGUUACAUUUACAACAAAAUAAUUCAGGGAUAAGGCCAUUUAUAAACAUUAAUGCAGUGCUGAAAUGUCUCAUUCACAACAAAUCAAUGUAGUUACAAUGUCAUGUUACAUUUACAAAACAUUAAUGCAGUGAUUAGGUCAUGUUACAUUUACAACAAUUCAAUGAAGUGAUAAAGCCAUGUUACAUUUACAACAUGUCAAUGAAGUGAUGAUCUCAUGUUAAAUUUACAACACAAUAAUGCAGUGAUCAGAUCAUGUUACAUUUAGUUUUCUUUGAUGUUUAUAAGAUUCAAUGCAUAUUUUAGCGUAUGAUACAAGAAUUUAAGCCACAUGCAGUUAAUGACACUCUAUCGGAGUUUUUGUUUUUUUUAUAAACAUCGUGGAAGAACGGGUUUAUGAAGACUACUUCCAUUCAGACAUGAAACAUAAAGUUUUAUCACAAUAGUGAGCAAUUGAUGAUUCAAAUGAUAGAAAGGUUCAUUCUCAGGUAGGGCGAAGGGGUCGGGGUUGGGGGGUGGGGUGGGGGGGCAUAUCUUGAAGUGUCGAAAUGGAAACGCUUUCACUGUCCUAAAUGUGUCCUAAUUUCUUCUCCAAUAUCCUGUGAUACGACAACGUUAAAAAGCUGUCUAAGUGCACGUAUCUCUUGUUUUUACGUUUGCAAGGUUGCGAGUAGCGUCCUGAUUUCGAUGUCCCCUUUGUUUAUUGUGCUCCGUCUUUUUUCUAUCCACUGCAUCACUAUAAUGGUCUUCGCAGCGUUUCAUUUUUUGUAACCACAUAAGCACUGGAGGUAGGGGGGGGGGAAAUAUGGUUUAUGUAAAUGACACACAGCAUAGCAGUGGGGCAAGGGAGGAACACGUGGUUUAUGUAAAUGACACACAGCAUAGCAGUGGAGCAAGGGAGGAACAUGUGGUUUAUGUAAAUGACACAGAGCAUAGCAGUGGAGCAAGGAAGGAAGUAGUCUACUGUAUGCAGCGUGCCAUUUGUAUAAACUACCUAUUUUCGUCCUUGCUUUUCUGCAAUGCGAUGUACCCGGUCUUUGCAGAGGGCGCGAUAACUUUAUUGUUUCUUAAAAGGCAGACUGCAGAAAAUGAUGUAUGUACAGCUUGUACGUGAUUAAAGAAGGUUUUAGAACAUUUAUUUCAAGUUUAGUUCGCAGAUAAAUAGUGGAAUAUUUUUUUUAAUUUUAUUGUAUUUAUUUGUUGUUGUGAGAAUGCAGCCGUAUAGGAAUUUUGAAAUAGUUGUUUAAAUAUAAACUGAUCAAUGGAAAUAGUAUUUACUUUUUUUAAGACAAAAGGACGAAACAAAAAAAAAAAAAAAGUUUAAAAAUAUACCGUUUACAUAAUACAGUAAAACCUCCUUUUUAAGACCUUUCAGUUGUCAUAAAAACGAGGUCUAAAUAAUGCAGCCGUAUAGGAAAUUUGAAAUAGUUGUUUAAAUAUAAACUGAUCAAUGGAAAUAGUAUUUAAUUUUUUUAAGACAAAAGGACGAAACAAAAAAAAAAAAAAGUUUAAAAAUAUACCGUUUACAUAAUACAGUAAAACCUCCUUUUUAAGACCUUUCAGUUGUCAUAAAAACGAGGUCUAAAUUGGAGGCGUCUCAAAAAAAAUAGGUGGGACAUUUUCGAAAAUCGACAUUUAGAAAAUGAAGUAAACAAGUAAAAUAAAUACAAAAAAAGGACACGUACCAUUAAGUAUAGGCAAUAUCUACCAUCUGUCUUUCAGAAAUAUAGAUUAAACCCUGUCUCACAUCCAAUACAGUCACUGUCUUCAUUACUUCUAAAAGAAAAAAAUCAAUGCUGGUACGGUAGUUGUUUAAAAGCGUGUGUAAGUGCUGAGUGCAUGCUUAGAGUUGUAGCUAUUCAUGUAUAGGAUAAGUUCAUUAAUAUUAUUGUAAUCAUUUUGAUAGAAUCAUUGAAUAUUUUCUAAUAUUUUUUUUAAAGAAAGCUGUUAUUUCUGUUUGUUUGCAUGCUCCCAUCCCCACCCCCUCCUGCAUGUUCUUUUUGUAUGUCAUUUUGAAACCCAGACAUGGUGUCGGCAAGGUCUGAAAGGCCUCUGCUCAGGGUAAAUCUGGUCAGCUCUUUGUAGUAUUCCAUCUUGUUUUCAACUGACAAAUUUACGGUGCAAGAGUUAUUUCCCUUUCACUACUUCCUAGAUCAGCGGUUCUCAACCUGUGGGUCGCGACCCCUUUGGGGGUCGCAUGACCCUUUCACAGGGGUCACCUAAGACCAUCUGAAAACACAUAUCCUCUGCUGUUAUAUCGUAUAAACGAAAAUAUUUUUGUUGUUGGGGGUCGCCACAACAUUAGAAAUUGUUUUAAAGGGUCGUGGCAUUAGAAAGGUUGAGAACCACUGUCCUAGAUGCUCUCGUGUAUCGUCUGCUGUUAAAAGUUGUUAACGAAACUGUUUUCUUCAAGGCACAAAUAUAGCAUUGCUUUUGUAUCUGACUUUUUCGGGUGCUAGGUCGUAAAAUUGAAUUAUUUGAAGGUCGUAAGUCGCGUUUUAGAGUAAGUCGUUUAAGAGAUGUCGUUUAUAUAGUACAAAGCAUCAGUGAAAUUUUUUCCGGUCGUUUGUUGGAGGAAGUCGUUUAAAAUAGGGUCUCAAAACGGAGGUUUUACUUUAUCUUAAUUUUUUAAGUACUCAAGCUAUUCCUGUCAUAUUGUCAUAGGAUUUCCCGAGCUGGGUAGCUACCUAUACUUUAAAAAUAAAACUGCUCUAUAAUCAAGUGAAUUCACUUUGGUUUAACGUAAGACUACUUGAAAAGUUUUGCUAGAUCUGAACAAACAUUUCUAUAAUUUAUUUGGCAUGCUUGUAAUUGUAAAGAUUUACAUUAGCUAUGCUCAAUAAAUGCUAAACAAAGCCAUACAUAUAUAGUGUUGCGUUUGUUUUAAAUGAGGUAAACUAUAGAUAUGUUUUUUGUUGACUUUGUACCGCGCUUCGAGCCUUUGGGGAUGAAGCGUGUUUUUGAAAUGAACUUUAUUAUUAUUAUUAUUAUAUACAUACAUACAUUUAUAUACAUUUUUAUACAUUUGUAUUUAAUUUAUUAAUGUAUUAUUUCUUUGGCCAGGAGAUGCAACAUUGUUCGGGAUUUGAAUAGUUACAACAAACCUUCCAUCCGAUCUGUAUCUUAUUUUAGAUCUUCCAACGUUUUUGGUAAGAACACUGUGUCGCUAAUGUUACUGUAUCGUGUCCGAUCAACAUGAAUCAAUUUCAAUCAAAACUUCACUACAGUGGUAUCUUCCGCUAUCGUCGCUUGUUCCUUUUUUUUUUUUUUUUUUUUUUUUUUUUUUUUGUUUUUUUUUUUUUUUUUUUUCUUUUUUUUUUUUUUUUUUUUUUUUUUUUUUUUUUUGUCUAAUGCUAGUCGUUCUGUUUUCAUUGUACUCAAUAGUUAUUAUUUCUUUGAAGAAUAGUAGCUUGUCGCCUGUCUUUCUGUCUUAGACUUACGCCUUUAAGUACUUAACUGUAUUAGUUUUUAGGUUCUGUGAAAUAGGCCUAUUAGUACUUGAUUGUAUCAUUUUGUAGGUUCAAUGGUCCUUGUUGAGAUAGGCCCAUUAGUACUUAAAUGUAUUAUUUCUAUGGUCAGCGGUCCUAGUUAAAGUAGGGCAAUUAAUUCUUAAUUGCCUUACUUUUUAAAGUCAGGAGGCCUAAGUAUUUUACUUCUCAUUAUCAUAAUAUGUAAAUUCCUUCACAGAAUGUCGGAGAUUCGAAUGCCCGGCUGUACGAGAGGAACAAAUGCCAUUUUCUUUGAUUGGAGAAUACAAAGCCGCCUCGGACUUUAAACAGACGACAGUGAAAACAAAUUCAGGAGGCCCCCUGCCCACAAACUCAAUCUUAAGCCUGUCGACCAUCGCACUGCUCUCAUUUGGUGUGCUUUUAGAAUAGUUAAAAAUUUCAGAGUUGACUACUCGGGUAUGGAGGACUUGAUGUGGAAACUGUUACUUUGCUAUCGGAAGAAUGGAAACUGCUAACAACAAGGAACGGGAACAAAUCUGUAGUAGCAGAG